AAAAACCAGUUCUGCUUCAAUUCUCCCGUUGAACUAGCAGAGGUUCUUCCAAUUUUAAAGACCGAUCGUCUGGAAUUGAUUAUAUAGCACAAAUAUUGGCCCAUAUUUCUCAUUUUCCAGAUUGAAAAAAACUCACUUUCUUGGUCUAUUGAUAAGAGGUUUGGCAAAGUUAAACAAGAUUUCGAAAGAUUUUAAAACAAAACUAAUUUUAAAUUAAUCCCAAAGAUUUGAGAGUUCCAUGUUAUUAGAAUGAAUUCUUUGUUGCGAUUACGUCUUGUAGUUUUUUCAAUUGUUGUUCUGCUUCCCAAUUUGGUUCACGCUGGGUCAGGAGAAUUCUGCUUGUACAGUUCUGACUGCGAUGACCUUGAACAAUGCUGUGCAUAUAACGAAUGUCAUCUUUCAUGUCCUAUACGUGGAUGUUUUCUUGACUGGCACUGCCACGAAGAACAAGUUUGCUGCGAAGACAACGAAUGCCACGAUUUCUGCCCCUCGGCUAUCCGGUUCCUGAUUGGACUGGGUUUGACAUGUUUCUGCUGCUUCUCUGUGUUCUUGGUCUGCGUAGUCUUCUGUCUAACACGAAGUAACAAAAAUAAUUCCGCUCAGCAAGCUCAACCGAUUCCUCCUGUGAUGUUCAGUCGUCCAUACAACUUUUAUGCGACAGGAAAUAAUACAGAUCUACCGCCAUACGAGCCAAACAUGGGCACCAAUUUACCCUCAACUGGAACCACAGGGUACCCGAAAAUGCCUCUACCGCCUUAUCAACCCCCCUCCCAACCUCCACCAAAUAUUGAAGGAAGCUCGGAGACGGGCGUCGAACAGAACGUGAAUCAAGCGCAAACGCAAGAUGGCAAUCACGCAAAUGCGUUUACAGCAGCAGCUGCUCAGCCAACCAAUAAUGGCCAAUCAAGUAGCAGUGUUGAUGACAACAUUCGAUUUGUAGCGCCAGGAAACUUGCAAUUUGACAAAAAAAAAUAGCAACAAAGUAGCAAAAAAUUUCCAUUAAUUAUUCAGUGCAAC